CACAUGGGGCUGGUCAACCACACUGUGGUGACUCAUUUCAUCCUCUUAGGAAUCCCCAAUGCCAACGGCCUCCAGACCAUUCUCUUCAUCACCUUCUUAGCCUUCUACCUCUGCACACUGCUGGGCAACCUGCUCAUCUUCUCAGCCAUCCUCGUUGACCCCCGCUUGCACACUCCCAUGUAUUUCUUCCUCUGCAAUCUCUCCGUGCUGGUCAUUGGGUUUUCCUCCAUCAGAACUCCCAAAAUGCUGACCAACCUUUGGUUUCAGAGUAGGGUCAUCUCGGUAGGUGGGUGCAUGUCCAAGAUCUUCUUCUACCACUUCCUGAGCAUCACCGAGUCCCUGCUCUACACUAUCACGGCCUAUGACCGGUACGUGGCCAUCUGCCACCCGCUGCGCUACCGGCUCAUCAUGAACUGGAGGGUGUGUGCCCUUUUAGCCGCUGGCACCUGGAUCACCAGUUCCUUCCACACCACCAUCCUCACCAGCCUGACCUUCACGCUGCCCUACUGUGGGUGCAGUGCGGUGGACUAUUUCUUCUGUGACAUCUUCUCGGUGGUCAAGCUGGCUUGUGCAGAAACGUACAUCGUCGAGACCGUGAUCUUGACAAACAUUAGUCUGGUGCCCAUAACUUGCUUCCUCCUCAUUCUCACAUCCUACGUCAGGAUCAUCUAUUCUGUCUUGAAUAUGAAUUUGGCCGAAGGGUGGCGCAAAGGUUCAGGUGCCAGUGGAUCCUCACUUUUAGAGAGCUUCUGUCACUCCUGA